CCGCCCUGCUGCUACCCCUCAGCCAGCCAGCCCGGCACCCCAGCCAUGGAGGACCUGGAUGCUCUUUUGUCUGACCUGGAGUCUACAACAUCCCACAUCCCUCGGGCUGGGGCUCUUAGGGACCAGCCCCAAGAAGCCACCACUGCUCCUCCUCCCUAUAGCCAGCAGCAGCAGCCUCAGAUGUGUUGCUUCUCUCUGCAGAAGGUGGCCAGGGAAACCUCUGGGGCCUCAGGAGACAAAGACCAUCUAUACAGCACCGUAUGUAAGCCUCGUUCCCCAAAGCCAGCGGCACCCCCAUUCUCCUCCAGUGGCGUCCUUGGUGCUGGGCUUUGUGAACUGGACCGCCUGCUGCAGGAGCUCAAUGCCACCCAAUUCAAUAUCACGGAUGAAAUCAUGUCCCAGUUCCCAUCCAGCAAGGCAGCUGAUGGGAAACGAAAGGAAGAGCAAUCUGAGGAAAAGAAAAGGCCCACCACCCCACCUAGCCCGACACCACAACUACCAAAACCUUCAGCCACCUCAGCUACCCUGGAAUUGGACAAGCUGAUGGCUUCUCUUUCUGAUUUCCGUGUCCAGAACCAUCUUCCUGCUUCUGGGCCUACCCCAAAGCCAGAGCUGAGCUCAGUGAGUGAUACCACGCCCCCACCCACCUCAGGGUCCAACACGGAGGGCAGCCUGGACACCAUGCUGGGGUUGCUACAGUCAGACCUCAGUCGACAGGGAGUCCCCACCCAGGCCAAGGGCCUUUGUGGUUCCUGCAAUAAACCCAUUGCUGGGCAGGUAGUGACAGCUCUAGGCCGGACCUGGCACCCGGAGCACUUUUUAUGCGGAGGGUGCUCCGUGGCCCUGGGAGGUAGCAGCUUCUUUGAAAAGGACGGUGCCCCUUACUGCCCUGAAUGCUACUUCGAGCGCUUUUCCCCGCGCUGUGGUCUCUGCAAUCAGCCCAUUCGCCACAAGAUGGUCACCGCCCUGGACACCCAUUGGCAUCCUGAACAUUUUUGCUGUGUCAGCUGCGGGGAACCCUUCGGGGAAGAGGGGUUCCACGAGCGGGAGGGCCGCCCGUAUUGCCGCCGGGAUUUCCUGCAGCUGUUUGCCCCACGCUGCCAAGGUUGCCAGGGUCCUAUCCUGGAGAACUAUAUCUCGGCGCUGAGCGCGCUCUGGCACCCAGACUGCUUCGUGUGCAGGGAGUGCUUCACGCCCUUCUCGGGAGGCAGCUUCUUCGAGCACGAGGGGCGCCCGCUCUGCGAGAGCCACUUCCACGCUCGGCGCGGCUCCCUCUGCGCCACCUGCGGGCUCCCGGUCACCGGCCGCUGUGUUUCUGCGCUGGGGCGCCGCUUCCACCCGGAUCACUUCACCUGCACCUUCUGCCUGCGCCCGCUCACCAAGGGCUCCUUCCAGGAGCGUGCGGACAAGCCUUACUGCCAGCCCUGCUUCCUCAAGCUCUUCGGGUGAGCGUUCACCCACGAGAAGGUCCCGCCUCAAGUUUAGAACCCUGUUCCAAGAAAGGCCUGACCCCUUAAAAAGAGCCUGGUACGAGGAGAGGCCGCACUGCUCGAGGAAGCCCCUCCCCUCUCUUUCCACAAAACCUUGUUCCUGAUUAGACUCCGUCCCCCAUGAGGCCUCACUCAGGAGCUAGACCCACGUCCAAAGAGAGAUCCUUUCCCUCUUCGAGAGCCGGACUCAAGAAAAGAACGCAUCCCCAGCACACCUGGCCUUUCAGUUAGAACCCAGUGCCCGCAGACUCCCGCCCCUUAACUAGACCCCUGUCCAAAGAGAGGUUCAGUCCAUUGUUGAACCAGUAAACAGGAUUUUACUGAGCCAGUCUCUAACCUGAGAAUGCCCAAACAGCAGGCCAGAGACAAAGUGCCAGUAAUCCGAUAGCCGUUUAAUUAAUUCGUUUCAUUUAUGAGGAACAGAUUCGCAAAUCGGGAAUUCUGAUCAGAAUUCCGCCUUGUUGAAGUGAAGAUGGAGACUAGCUCAGUAAAAUCCUGUUAAACGGUUCAAAAAUGGACCAAGUGUCCAUUAAAUAGAGCUCUGUCCCAGGAGGUCCACACCUAUCACAUAGUGGGAAGAUCUUCCAAAACAAAAAACAAGGCUUCCUGGGGGAGAGUCCCUUCCCAAAAGCAGCACAACAACUAUCCCUGAAGCUCCAUCCCUCUGGGCAAUGUGGAGAGGCAAAGGAUUGUAUAGUGAAUUAGUGCCUCACCUCAUGGGAAAGGGAUGGUGAGAAGUAAAGUCUUGUCUUAACCUUAUACUAGUUGGCUCAAGUCUAUCCACAGGAAUAGACUUUCGGGGAUACUCAACGUAGUGUAGGGGACUCUUGUCUAGGUUUCCCCAAAUGUGGGUAAUAGAAUCCCUCUCUAGGUUUUAAAGCACUUGCAUUUUACUAAGAAAGAGCUUAUGGGAAUGGGACCAGGUCCAAGAAAAUUGAGGAUCCAGGUUCUGCCUCAGGGUAUUUUCUGAGUGCCCGGGGUUUCCCUCACUGCUGUCCUCACCUAUGUCUAUAUAAACACAUAUUCCACAAA